AUGUUUUUACAGAGGUUUGGCCGUGCAAAUUCCAGUAUUUAUCAGCAAUGUAAGUUCUAUCAUGUUGUUCAUGGAUAAUAAUUGAAAAUUUAGGUAGAGGAAUGAGAGAAUAUUGGCGGCAGGGUUAUUUGAAGGAUCUAUAUCACAGAAGAGAGCUGUUGGGAGCAGAUGAUCCACUUCCAAGGAGCGCAUAUCCGAAUUGGUAGGGUUUUUUGCUUUGUUGUUUGAUUUUAGAUAAAUUAAUCCGAAAGCUGAUGAAAGUUUGAUCCAAAACCCUGUGUUUUGUCUUGGAAAAGGUUAAAAGACGGAGAUUAAUAAUUAUUUUUUCUGAUUCAUUUAAAAUUCUACAAAAAUUUAAGGGUUUCUGUUUUGUUUUGGAUGUUUUUGAGCUUCUCUUUUUAGGAAUUUCAACACAGAAUUGGCGGCGUUCAAACAUCGUGCUGGAGUUGAGGACUUGAAGAAAGAUGAACUUACUAGGAUAAUGACGAGUCCAACCUAUUUUGAUCGAGCCGAAGUGAUCGUGGAACAAAAUGGGGAAUCCUCUAGGGAAGAUAACAGCAUUUUCAUUGAUAAAGGUGAGAUUUUAUUUGUUUUUGUUUGGAAAUUUAGGCACCUUAUGAGAGAUGAAAUUGGACAGCCGUAAUGAAUUGAAUCUGAGAUAAAUUUUCGAAAUUUAUUAAUCCAAAUUUUGGGAUUUCACUUGUCCAUCUAAAGUAAGGUCGUAUCUUAGGCGAACACCGGCUUCGAUGGCAACUCAGCGCCAUCCUCCGUCAUCAGUGGCCCAAAGCGCCCGAAGAAUAUGUUCAAGGGGUUGUGGAUCAUAUCCUAACCACCGAAAAUCUCCUCACCAUUUCGAAUCAGCUGGGAAUCCAACAUCUGGUCCGGACUUUGAAUUUCCCCCCACCAAAAGACGAUGUGAUCGCCGCUUUUUGGGCCUUAUUAGGAGCAAUGAGCGGUUCGAGAGUUCACGGAUUUGUCAAUGAAUUUGUUUUGCCCUAUCUCACCGAGGUCCCCUUCGAAGACGUCCUGCCAUUUCGCGAGCCAUUGCCCAUCGCAGAAGCGUAUUUGAAGAAGGUUGGGUCGUGUAGGAAAGUGGAAGCCAGGAUUAUUCACUCGCAUGGCGAAUUUUCGGCCAUGCCCUUGUAUAUGGUCGGGAUUUAUGGAGAUGAACAGCUGGUGGAGAAGGGUAAGGUAAUUUUGAAAAAAAAAUUUUUUUAAUUUCUGUUUGAAACUUGGCACAAAGUUAAAGGCGAAUUUUCUAAAGGUCAAUUGAGAGUUUUAACCCGAGAUUUGAAGAAAAUGCAAAAAAUUUUAAGUCAAAUUUUGAAAAAAUUGAGUUUUUUGCCAACUAAUUUUUAAAUUUCAGCCCCAGGGGAAUACCUUUCAAUUGCCACCGACCUGGCCGCCCAACUGAGUUUAUUGAAGAUCUGGGACAUCCGAUGGAACGAACAAAGCUUCAGUUUCUUGAAUGAUCAAAUUCCAAUUCAUCAGUUUGAGAAGCCAAACCAUCAUCUGGCCGAUGUUGUUGGCGCUGAGUAAGUGAAAUUUUUCUUUUAUUUUUUUUUUAAUUUUAGGAGGGAAAAUUAAACUUUUUUCCGUCAAAAACAAACUUUUUGAAAUUUGUCUUCAUUUGAGACAAUUUUUUUCAAAAUUUUUACAUUAUCCUUGACAUCUCGAAUUUAAAAAAAAGUUUUUUAAAAAUUUUUCUCGAUUUUCAGAAAAAAUGAAACUUCUUUCCUCCAGAAAUAAGCUGUUUGAAAUUUGUCUUCAUUUGAGACAAUUUUUUUUUCAAAAUUUUUACAUUAUCCUUGAUGUGCAACAUUUUGAAAAAAAAAGUUUUAAAAUUUUCUUUGCUUUUGGCUCAAAAAAGUCCCAAAACGUCCUAGAAGUACAACUAUCAUGAUUUUUCCUUCUUCAGGACCGACCUUUCCCUCCUCUCGAAACGCGAACUCGAAGCCGAUCCCAUCAACGUUUUCCAAGUGGCGGAUACCUUCGAAAACACGAUCCGGGCCGAAGUCGGUCUCCCCUUACGCCGCCGUCUGCGCCACAAGUUCUCCAGGGGCUCGUUGGCGAAGCGCUCACUCCGCCGACUCAUCAAACCGAAAGUCUUCACCAUCUAG